CUUGACGUCACGCACGCAUACGGCUGCGCGGUCGCGUCAGUGGCUCCCUCGCACGUCGUUUAUAAGUCUCCGCGCCCGCCAGGUACGCAGUCAACUCGCAGCGGCCUCUCUCGUCCUCCCACCAGAGCUGAAAUGCCCUCCAACAACUCUUUCACCGAUGGUCUCUUCCUCAAGAUCAUCAACGUUAUAGUCUACUUCGCAUUCCUGGGGUCUAACAUCUACACUGUUGCUGGGCCGAACGACAUUUAUUACUCUGGCAAGGAAACCUACAUAACACCGGCACCAUGGGCGUUCCUCAUCUGGUCCCUCAUCCACGUCCUGCUCCUCGGAACCAUCAUCUAUCAGUUCUUCGACGGAGGCAAGCAGGUCAUCAUUGACGGCAUUGGAUGGCGUCUUCCGCUGCUCGCUGUUUUGAACGUAGUGUACGUCCACCUCUGGGCCGCGCACCAGUACAUCAUCGCCUUCGUCUUCGCGCUCUUCGUCAGCUCUGCCGUGACGCACAUCUACUAUGUAGUCAAGAAGUAUCACGAGUCCGCUAGCAUUCCGGACGAGAUCUUCGUCCACCUUCCUUUCUCACUCUACCACGGAUGGACGACGCUUCUCGUCGUUCUCACCGCUUUCGAGGCAUUCGGUGUUGACGCUACCACCACUCGUGCUGGAGUCUGGACCAAAGUCUUUGCCUUCCUCGCGCUGUUUUUCCUCGAGGCCACUGCUACGGCAUACGCUUUCUCCUCCCCGGAGGGCGACUUGCCCGCGAGCAUCGCAAUCGCCUGGUCGUUGUGGGCCAUCUUUGCCCACCAGCGCUACCCUGCGUUCAUCCACUGGAGCGCGCUUGCCUUCUCGAUUCUUGCCCUCGUCUGGGUGUUCAAGGCUGUUGUUGGCCUGUUCGCCAAGCUCCGCAGGGGUGGCCGUGGUAUUUCCCUCGACGAGGAGCGUGCACCGCUCAUUGGCGGCCACUGAGCGCGUCGCUUGCAGUUGUUGUCGAGAGAACAAUCAUGCUCAUGAAGUUACGUCCGCAUAGUGAACGCCUUGAACCUGUACGUAGCCAUGUAUAGUCAUUUCUCCAAUAUGUACUAUACAGAGCAUCGUCUGCAUUUGUACUUGUGAUCAGUUCAAUGUUGUCAUGUCAUUCCGUGGAACAUGGAACUCUAUUCAUUCAUACAGUCUCCCCGCCGGCCCUCUUUUCAGUGUUGAUGAUGUUCACUCACAUCCGGAUGUUCGGGCUCCUGUUCCGGGGUAGAUAGUUCGGCCAUUCCGGAAAUUGGGUCUAACUGGAUUCGUCACAUCGCGCAGGCUUGUGGC